UAACAGGUCCAGUGUUGUAAGAAAAUGAGAUGUCGUCACCAUCUGUGAGGGUAUUUAAGAAAAACUCAGUGUUCAGAUCAUCAUUGCAACGAUCUCUGUGCUCAUCUGCUGAAAACUAAAGUACAAUUACAGAAACCAUGCUGAAGACAGUAGUCCUCCUUGGAUGUCUCCUCAGCCUCGCUGUGGGCCAUCCUUUUGAUUUGCAGCUGAAACGAAUUGCACGCUCUCGGUCCAGUUCCAGCUCUGAAGAGAAACAGAUUCAACCUGCACCAGCGGGUUCAACCCAGUUGGAUCAGCUGAUUAAACUCGCGGAGCUAAUUAAAUUGCUUCAGCAGAUCCAAAAUGCUGCAACCACAACAACGGCUACAACAACUACAACUACAACAACUACUAAACCUACUGCUAAACCUGCUCCUACUCCUGCUCCUCCAACUACUAAAAAGUAAUUCUGCUAAUCAUGUGGUACAAUAAGUGAAUGAAAACAGACCAAAGCAGAAUUUUCACAUGAAUUCAGUCUGUAUUUAAUGUUUUACUCAUAUUCCCUCCAACUGUAUGGCUUUUAUGAAUGUUAUAUCUUUGUUAAACUGUUAUUUACUUGUAACACAAGUUUUUCCAACACUUAUUAAAUUUAAAUUUGCAUAUGGAUUAAAACCCCUUUAAAUAAAUGAACAUAAU